GGUCUCCCAUCAACCCGGCAACCCCUUUGCGGCGGCAGCCUCUAUGUACAUUGCCUCAGGAACGGGCUUCAUCCCUGGGGAAACGCCCGGAGAAUACCGCAUGAAGCACGGUGGUGGCGCUAAGAACUGUGCAAUUGUGUCGUCUGAACCGCUGACAGACGACAAUGCCGACUGGAUGCCAAUCCCACGCAACUACGUCGUACUGAUCACAGAGGAUAUCAACGUAUUAAUGGCACCAAUUGUCAUUCAAGGACUAGAUACGUGGGUGUGCAAAGAGAAGCACAAGAUUAGUGCUGACCUGUCACGCUGUCUGGAACGACUCAACAACCGCAGCAACUACGGCAAGGGCGAGAGCUUAAGUCAGGUGGUAUCGCAGAACGUCACCUCUCUGAUAGCCGAUUCUGCGCAACGACAACUUAUAUCUCGUAUGGAGAAGCAGGAAGCAUCCAAUGUACACAGCGGCAACUCUAAACACUCUCUCGAUGAGAUCAAUACUAACUUCAUCAGUAUGAAGAGUCUCAGUACCGGCCUGGGGAGGGCGGGAAGUAUGACUACACUAGAUCAACGCCACAAAGCAAGCCGGUGA